GAAUUGCGCCGCAUGUACCAGAGCAUGAACGACCUCAAGACGCCGCUGGCCAAGGCGGCCGACCCCGCGCUGCUGCGGCCGACGCCCGCCGACGCCAUCGCUGGCCACGUCGCCGACCUCCGCGCGUCCUUCCGCGCAGGCGUGCUCCAGUCGACGGCCGCGCGCAAGGCGCAGCUCCGCCAGCUGCGCCUUCUGACGACCGAAGGCGCCGAGCUGCUCCAAGCCGCCGUGUGGAAGGACCUCCACAAGCAUGCGACCGAGCUCUACGUGAUGGAGACGUCUGCGAUACUCAACGAGAUCCAAGAGCACUUGGACUACGUUGACGACUGGGCAGCGCCCAAGCGCGUGGGCACGAACCUGGUCAACAUCCCAGGCUCUUCGUACGUGCACAGCGACCCGCUCGGCGUCUGCUGCAUCAUGGGCACGUGGAACUACCCGGUCCAGCUUCUCUUGCUGCCACUUGUGGGCUGCAUCAGCGCCGGCAACUGCGCCGUCCUGCGCCUCCCCGCAGAAGGGUCGAGCGACCACGUGGCGGCCGCGCUCGCGUACCUUGUCGACAAGUACAUGGACCCGAACGUCGUGCGCUACGUGGCCGGAGGCAUUGACGCGAACAAGGCUAUGCUCGCACAGAAGUUUGACCUGAUCUUUUGCACUGGCGGCUGCACCAUCGGCAAAAUCGUCGCCCGCGCGGCCGCCGAGACGUUGACGCCCGUGAUUCUCGAACUCGGUGGCAAGUCGCCAGCGAUCAUCGAUGCGUCCAUUGACUUGCUCGUGACCGCCCGGCGUCUCGUCUGGGGCGCCUUUACCAACGCCGGCCAGACCUGCGUCCGCCCCGACUACAUUUUUGUCCACGCGUCCAUUGGGCCUGCGCUCGUCGCCGCCAUGAAGCAAGCGGCCGUCGACUUUUUUGGCGCAGACCCGCAAGCCUCCGACUCGUACGGCCGCCUCGUCAACAGCGCGCAGUUUGAUCGUAUUCGCCGCAUUUACGAAGCCGACAAGACGUUUGCAGUGCACGGCGGGCAGUCGGACGCAUCGGAUCGGUUUUUUGGCCCGACGAUCUUCAACUUCGAAUCGGACUAUGCGACAUUUGCGUCGAGCGCGAGCAUGGAAGGCGAGCUCUUUGGCCCGCUUUUGCCCAUCUGUUACUACACAGACGUCAACGCGGUCCUCGACCACAUCAACGCUCAGCCCAAGCCACUCGCACUCUACGUUUUCAGCAAGUCGAAUGGCUUUGUGCAGCACAUUUUGAGCCACACGACGUCGGGCAGCGUCUGCGUGAACGACACGAUGGUGCAGAUCUCCAACCCGAGCCUGCCGUUUGGCGGAGUCGGCAACUCUGGCAUGGGCGCGUACCACGGCCACAAGUCGUUCGAGGUCUUUAGCCACGCCAAGUCGGUGCUGUACAAGCACUUUAUUCUGGACAUUGCGCAGCGCUACCAGCCGUACACGCCCUUUGCGCGCCAGCUCCUCGGGGCGGCCUUGUACCCGAUUCCCCGCUCGUGGGUGCGCGCGUCGGCCUUUUUUACGCUUGUCGCGCUGGUCGGCAUCGUGCUUGCUAUCGUGUACGCCUAAGUGUCUUUGAAUUGGAGUGCAUUGCAACAC